UCGAGUUCUUAUCCCUGAAGUAUUCACAAGACACCAAAUCUGACCUGCGCAGGCUGCAUCCAUCCAACGUAGUUACCAUGGGCAAGCAUGCACCCUGCAAGUCGAACCGGGAUGUGGUGGAGUCCCUGUACGCCUCGUUGGCCCGCGGCGACGCGGCGGCUGUGACGGUGCUGCUGGCGGCGGACCUGGACUGGUGGUUCCACGGGCCGCGCCGGUGCCAGCACAUGCGACGUCUUCUGACCGGCGAGUCGGCGGGCACAACGGCGUUCCGGUUCGCACCGGCACGGGUUGUAGAGGUAGGCGGCGUCUCCGGUGAAGGCGGGUGGGUGGUGGCGGAGGGGUGGGCCGGUGAGCAAGACUACUGGGUGCACGCAUGGUGCCUCCGCGAUGGAGUCAUCACGAGCUUCAGAGAGUACUUCAACACGUCGGUUACUGUGAGGGAGCUGAGCCUGCCGGCGAAGAAGGACAUGGCAUGGGCAGUGUGGGAGAGCCAGUCGCCCAGCCCCAAGGCUCGCUCCAUGCCAGGCCUAGUGCUCGCGAUAUGACCCUGCACAUAUUUUUAGGGCAAGCCAGAAGAUACCAUGCAUAAAUCUUGUAUAAAAUUUUAUUUUGUUUUUAGAGCGAGAGAGACUAUAGAAAAGUCCAAGUCUGAAAACCGAUAAGUCGGUCUUUGUGGCGAAAACAUGAUGUAAAUAGCACUUUUUUCGGUG